UGCAGGACUGGCUACCGCGCUUUUCUGGUGAUAAGUCCAUAGUCAAGUCACAAGUGACAAGUGGUUGAAGUACUCUGUAGCUCAAGUUUUUCUGCGGAGUAUCCUAACUGUUGAUUUUCGUUUGGACUUUGAUUUGCAUCUGAAAGGCGAGAAAUAUUGAAUAUUUACCAAUUGGUGUAGAAUGCCGACAUCCAGAUCGUAUUCGAGUGCUUCGGAAAAAGAUAACGACAAGGAAACUGAACGGGAGGAAAAGCUGGUGGAAAACGUGGAGCGUUUUCUUGAGGAUGAAUCACCGAACAACCACCAAGCACUGAAAAAUGAAAUUAUCGCUCUCAAUGAGAAAGAGAAGGAAGUCUUGCGCGAAAUUGAAGAAGAGCAGAAGGAAAAUGAGAAUUUGGUGUCAAAAUUACGAGCUCUUGAAGCACAGCUUUCGAGCCCAGAUGGUAUUACUUUAUGGCUCCGUUUCCACCAACGAUGUAUGCGCGAUUUUUUGAGAAAGCUGACUGUGGAGCAAAAAGACCAGCUGAAGCAUGAACAAGAUAAAGAAGUCAAGGAAGUGAAGUACACGAAAGCAGUCUUAUUUAUUCUAUGCCGGCUUCAUUCUGUUUUCCUGCCUUCUUCACAUUCGCUUACUGAAUUUGUCCAAGCUGUGCAGCGGGACAAUGAAGAGCUUCUUGGUGGGUUAUUGGAGGAGUUUAAGGUGAUGGGACAUGUCGUGUGAGUGAAUGAAUCUGCACUGCGUAGAUGAAGCUGCGGCUGCUUGAGCAGUAUCUUGCGAUUACGCUUUUUUGCGCGUUUUUAAACUUAUUGAACCUUCGUUGAACCCCUCUAAUUUAAAAUUCAUCUCAUCCUCGAAAUUCGCAAGAUGAUCCUUUUGUUGGGGGUUGUCGCGGAAUGUGUUUGUAGAUUGUAUGUCUGGUACUUCAAGAAUCUUUCUAGUUGUACGCGCUAUUUUCGUUUGCUUGAAACUAUCGUUUGCUGUCUGAUGUCUGGUUCUACUGGUGGUGAUUGGUUUUAUGAUGCAAAACAACACUGAGACUCCAUAAAACAAGAUUAUUAAUU